AGGCGAGAUGUGUCAGAAACAUCUUCAUGUCCUUGGCAUCCGUCCUGAACCCGUGCUGUGCUGUCUGUGUUCCCAGAAGAGCCCUCUGAAGUCCAUACUUUAUCUAGCUUCUAUUAGUUUUACCGUCGCAUCACUCAAACCGGCGCCUACCUGUCAGUGGUAGAUAGAAGCUGUCCGAAUAAGGUACAAGUCGUGGAGUGAUAUUGAUUUCAAAAAGCUACUUCAAUACUUCAAAUUGUCUAAAAGCCUGAAGAAGAAGAGGAGAUGCUUCUGACAUCAUGUUGCCUGCUUCUGCUGAUGCACUGUCUUGCCAAUACAGACGCGUUGACGUGCAGCUCCAGCCAGUUCCAGUGUGACACCGGGAAGUGCAUCACCAGCAGAUGGGUCUGCGAUGGGGGCAACGACUGUGGAGACGAGUCUGACGAGAAGCCGACUGCCUGCGAGGCAAAGAUCUGCCGGCCCACAGAGUUCAACUGUGGCGCUCCUCUGAACCAGUGUAUACCCGGGCGAUGGCACUGCGACGGCGGUGUUGACUGUGGCAAUGGAGCAGAUGAGCGGGGCUGCUUGAAUAAGAACUGCACCGAAGGCGAGUUCCGCUGCGACAGCGGCGAGUGCGUCUCCUCUUCCUUCCGCUGCGACGAGGACGCCGACUGCCCCGACGGUUCGGACGAAGCCUCCUGCCCCGCCCCCACCUGCACCGAGGGCUCCUUCCAGUGCGACAACAGGGUGUGCGUGCCCCAGAUCUGGGCCUGCGACGGGGACGAGGACUGCUCCGACGGCUCGGACGAGGGGACGCAGGCCUGCGCCGGGGUCGCCCCCAGGGCCAAGGCGACGUGCAGCAGCCAGGAGUUCGAAUGCGCCAGCGGCAUGUGUAUUCACGCAAACUGGAGGUGUGACGGGGACCCGGACUGUCCACACCGUGAGGAUGAAGUCAACUGCACUCAUCCCACGUGUAGUCCCGACCAAUUCCAGUGCAAUGACGGCACCUGCAUCCAUGGCAACCGUCAGUGUGACCGUGUCCAUGACUGCAGGGACAUGAGUGACGAGAUAGGCUGCUCCCAAGUUAAGAAGUGCGAGGGGCCGAGCGUGUUCGAGUGUCGCAGCGGAGAGUGCAUCAGCAUGGACAAGGUGUGCAACGGGGAAAGAAACUGCCGUGACUGGUCUGACGAACCGAUGAAAGACUGUGGCAACAAUGAGUGUUCGACCCAAAAUGGCGGAUGCUCUCAUGUCUGCAAGGAUCUGACUGUGGGCUUUGAGUGCCUCUGUCGUGCAGGAUACAAACUGAUGGCUGACAAAAAAGGCUGUGAAGAUGUUAACGAGUGUGAGAGCCCAGACAUCUGCAGUCAGGAGUGUUUAAAUCAGGACGGGGGUUACAAGUGUUUGUGUGAGGAGGGCUACACCAUGGACCCCCAAACCAAAGACUGCAAGGCUGUCGCAGGUAAUGUUCCCUAUCUGCUCUUCACCAAUCACCAUGACGUGAGGAUGAUGACUCUGGACCGCAAAGACUACAAACGCAUCAUCUCAGGGCUGAAGACUGCCACGGCUCUGGACAUAGACAUCCCCAGUAAGACCCUGUUCUGGUCCGACCACACCCACAAGAAGAUCUACAGGACCCAGUUGGACCAUGCAGAUGACUCCUCCCUCCACAGCGUUGUGAUUGACUGCGGGAACGGGGCCCCCGAGGGCAUCGCCGUCGACUGGAUCCACGGCAACAUCUACUGGACCGACAGUGUCCACAAGACCAUCUCCAUGGCGACUGAAGAUGGUUUGAAGAGGAAGACGUUGAUCUCUGAAGGCCUGGAUAAACCAAGAAGCAUUGUGGUGGACCCUGUCAACAACUUCAUGUAUUGGACCGACUGGGGAACCAAUGCCAAGAUCGAGAAGAGCGGGUUAAACGGAGCCGACCGUGUCGCCUUGGUGACGGAAAACAUCGCGUGGCCCAACGGCAUUACUCUGGACAUGGUGAAUCAGCGUUUGUACUGGGUGGACUCGAAGAUGCACGGGAUCUUCAGCAUCAGCACCGACGGAGGAGCACCCCACGCCCUCAUCGCCAACGCGGGAAAGCUGCCACAUCCCCUCGCGCUCACCGUCUUCGAGGACCGAGUUUACUGGACCGACGUCAGCACCAACACAGUAAUGAGUGCCAACCGCCGUACAGGACGUGAUAUCAAGCAACUUGCAAAGAACCUGACGCAGCCCGAGGAUAUCGUGUUGCACCAUGAUCUCAAGCAACCGAACGGAACCAACUGGUGCAGAGAGAGUAACCGUAUGAAUGGUGGUUGUGAGUUCCUGUGUCUCCCUGCCCCGCAGAUCAACCAGCACUCCCCCAAAUACACCUGUGCCUGCCCCGACAACAUCACCCUGGCCUCUGACAUGAAGAAAUGCGAGUCGGUCGAACAACCCAUGGUGCCACCUGUCGGACCCAAAACUGAAGCCCCAGCCCUGCCCAGACAGCCUGAACCUGCCACCGCUACCACAGCUACCUCCACGACCACGUCCUCUCUCCCCCGCGUACCUUCUCAGGAUCCGCAAAGCAGCUCCACCACUCGAAACCCACAGGAGAGCAUCGUGUCAGCCAAAGGAAGCAGAUAUGCUGCCAUGCCAACAGAAGCCAAUUCAUCUCAUCCCACUGCUCUCUAUGUCGUGUUGCCACUGAUGGUGUUGUGCUUGGUGGCCUUUGGUGGCGUGUGGUUCUGGAGACACUGGCGGCAAAAGAACACCAAUACCAUCCACUUCGACAACCCAGUUUACCAGAAGACCACCGAGGUCCACGAGGAUGAGGUCCACAUCUGCCGGAGGCAGGACCAUGAAGGAUAUGUUUACCCAGAGAGACAGGCUGUGAGUCUGGACGAAGACUUGGAGUGACUCAGAAAACUUGAAGAAUAUUUAAAUCAAGGUUUUUUUUUGUUGAACACGUGAGCAAAUGAAGGUCUUUCCGAUCCCUGGUAAUGCUGCUGCUGCUGCUGACUCAUCCUCUCCACACUCCGAUGACCUCAUCAUGGGGCUUGCUGUUUUGACCUCAGCACUGUGCCGUCCAAGACUCAGAAAACCUCAGAAUGAAGAAAAUAUGAUAUAUGAUAUAGAAAAGGAGAGAGGGAGAACCUUUCUAAAGGACAAAUGGAAAACGACUUGAAGAAGACUAAACCAUCCGUAAGCUUCUGUAGGGUGUGGUCUCGUUUAAGUGUGUGGGACCAUGGCUGAAGAAACCUCCGGAAGCCAUUUUGUAUGAACUUUUUUUUUGUUUUUUGAAAGAUAUACUACAAAUGAAGAUUAGUCCUUAAUAUUUUUUUCUGUAUAAUCUCUUUAAUUUGAUCAGACAUUUGAAGCUGUACAAAGUUUUAGCCAAUACCUACCCCCCACCCCCUCCCCCCCCCAAAAAAAAAAAAACUAGUAAGGAAGAUCAAUGUUAUUAUUCAAUACCAUUGAUGUUUUUCUUGACAUGCUAACAUCAUAUUCAAGGGUGGACUUGUGAACAUUGGUACUUGAAGACACUAUUGCCUGAUCAGCUCACAGGGUUGAAGUGCAUCUUUUGCACAACAUUGUGGCACCUUGACACCAGAGAUCAACACAGUUUAGUAUGUGAACGCUAAUGGUCAUUGGGUUAUGGUAGUUCUGAGCCGUCAUGUGUCCGUAGGGAAAUCUUAAGGUCUGUGGUUUCACCAUAUACACUGAUACACUGUUCUUAAAUGCCUUACUACAGUCUCCAUCUUUGAACUAUUUUACCAACUACGGUAAUUAUGGCCUUCUCAUUGUGCCUCGCACAAAACACAUUUUCUUUCAACCAGUUGCCUUGUUGCCGAAUUGUGUAGAUUCCAUUCUGAUAUUAAUAAGUUAUUAUGGUUAUGGAGAUGGUUUGAGACUAUUAUGCAGAAGUGAUAUACUUUCUCUGUUUUGUUCAAGAGUAGCGGAGAACAGGGACUUUCAGUAAUGUGUGGAUCACUCUGUGAUCUCUGUGUUGUUGCGGUUUCUUGAUGACCAGUGACAGACAGGAGAAGAAAACAUUAUUUUAAAUAACUUUUAGGUAUAAAAUAACUUAAAUUUCCUCAUGAGUUAGGUGGGGGUUUGUAACUUGGAUAAUCUGUAAUCAUGAAGGAAAACUAUUGUUCAAUUGAACCUUUGCCUUGGUGUUCCCAAAACCAAUGAAGAAAAUCGGUUUUGUGACCUUUUUUGUGACUUUUAGCUUGAUUAUUUUCUUUUUGAGUUGUGUUAAUAGUUUUAUAAUACUUUGUAAAUACUUACUGUUGCUUCGCCUUGUUCAGUUUUGUACAUUGUAAACCUUGAAUGUUGUAUAUAUUGCAGAUUCAUUUAUUUAUUUCUAUACAGGCCUUGUAAAAACACAUUACAUUGAGAGUUUUCAGCUUUAAUCAUCCUCUUUCUUGUGUACAUGACGUCCUCGAACUCUAAAAUAUAAAUGUAAUUAUUUUAUGGAAUGUAACAGCUUUACACCAUUGUACCAUCAUAUGACAGUGGUGAAAGUGAAAACAAAGAGUUUUCUGGGCCGAGUGCAGAAGCUGUCUGUUACGCGCAAAUUGUUAGAAUCCUGUCUAAAUAGGUUGCUACGGUUGUUAUUGUGUUUUUUCCGGUAAAUAAAAUAUGAAUAAUUGAAAUUCUGA